AUGAUUUUCCAUAUGCUUAUUGUAGCAUUUUUUGCUAUUUAUCCGAAAAAUUCUUCAUCCAACAAAUCUGUUGCCAAUGCGAUUAAUUUCAACGCAUAUCAGGAACAGACAACAACAAUUAAUAUGUCUGUCAUUGCAGAAGACAUAGUUUCUCUAUUAUGCUCAUUCAUAUUUUUAUUUUCAAAGAAUAGAACACUUGAUAAGAUACUAGCCUUAGUUAUAAUUGGAGUAACUAUCAAAUUGACCCUAGAUUCUCUCAAAGAAACAAUUUCCAUUUUAAUUUGUGCGACACCCAACAAAAUCAGACCAGAAAUGCCCGAAUUUUGCAAUGAAAUCAAGUCUAUUGGCUUUGUUGCCAAUAUUCCUGUUAUCAGUGCAUGGCAAAAUGAUGAAUUCCUGUUGGUUGGAUCUGCAAAAAUUGAUGUCCAGAAAGAUUCUGUGACAAACACUCAGCAAUUCCUUCUUUUUAUUAUUUCAAAGUUCCAAAAAUUAGGGAUUUUAGACGUAACAGCUGAAAUUAAAGGUGUUGAUGUAGAUACACCGAAGUAUGGAAAAGACGUAAUCCCUCCAAUCGCAUUUAAUACUAAUUCAAUACCUUUAUAA